AAUCUUGUCCCAUCUGUUUUCAUCAUUUACACAAACUAAGUGACUCAGUUUUUUGAAAGCAGGACAGGAGAAAGUUGGUCCAAAAAAUUCUGACGCAGUUGGUUCGAGUCCUUGGAUCAGUCCUGGUUUGGUAAGCACUAUGGCGUCGAAAGCUUUGUGGAUCUCAGUUUGGAUGGUGGCGCUCUCAUGCCUGGUGAUGUCCGACUCUGGGAUCGUGUGGCUGAGCGAAGGGCAACAAUGUGGACGAUAUAUCACCGGGAAAUGUGUGUCCGGUCUUAAAUGUCUGCCCGACAGUUCGGUGGAUGAAGACAGCUAUGCAGGAGGGAUCUGUGUCAAGCCUCCAGGCUGUAACUGCUCCGAGGUCCAGUGCCCACCGCAUCGCCGGGGUGAUUGUAGCCACGGCAGAGUGACCGACCCUUGUGGGUGCUGUUCACACUGUGCCAGGCAGAAGGGGCAGGUGUGCGGCGGGCCGAGCUGGCGGUGGGGUUACUGCGAUGACGGACUGCCCUGCGUCCACAUCGCUGGACAUGAACUGGCCCUGCCUCCACAGAUGGGAGUUUGUAAAGAGUUGCCGGGUCACAAAUCUGAUCGGUACAACGAUCCACUGUGUCCGUGGGAGUGGGGCUGCAGCAUCCGCGUCGGAAACUGCGACUGUUAUUCGGAACAGAGCUGCCAUUUAAUGUUCUCCUACGGCAGCUACGAGGCCUGCCGCAAAGUUUGGGAAGCUGAUAUGAUGUACUUCUCGAGCAAAGAUCUGCCAGAUAAAGACGCUGAAGAAGAACCUCAGCCCCGGUACACUUGUAAGGAGUGGAGAUGUGAGGUCCAGGACUGCCAGUGCGUGUGCCAGAUGAGUCCGUGCGAGUACCAACGGCCGCUGAUGCAGGAGAAGGAAUGCUGCAGUGUCCUGAAGGAAGCCGGCUGCCCUAACAUGAUCUGUUUCGACAAUCCCGCUCCGCCGUGCCCGCCGGACUCCUUCACUACGGAGCCCUACACCGAACCCAGCCAGUGCUGCCCCACCGUGCCCCCCAUGUGCACCUGCGACUUCAAGAGCUGCCCCCGCAAACACAAGAUCUGCUCCGAGGGGGAGCAGCCCAAACUCGUGGCGAAGGCCGAGGGUCGUCCGGGCUCCUGCUGCGAUUGUUAUGAGUGUGUCAAAAAUGAGAUUUGAUCCAGACCCCCUUAAUUACAUCUGGCACUCAUGCAUGUUGCAUUUAGUCUAACAGAUAAGGCAAAAAAUUAGAGAGUGAGAGCAGCAUGUGAUAUGGAAGCUUUGCAUUUAUACCUUAUCACAUUUAUUCAUUCAUUCAUUCAUUGUCUGUUUUACCACCAUUUUAUCCUUUUAAGAGUCGUAGUGGGUCUGAUUUUUUGGGCAAAGGUAGGAAACACCUUCCGGAGAGGUCACCAGUCCAUCAGAGAACAAAUACACACACACACACAAACACACAGUGUGUGUUUUCUGGUAGCUCCAAUUGAAUUCGACCUCAAGGUCAUUGCAUGCACGUCUUUGUACUGUGGGAGGAGGGAGCCCCACACAGACACAGGGAGAACAUGCAAACUCCACACAUGCUGAGGAAUCAAACCCAGGCACCCACCACAUUACCGUGCCAAGCCUUAUGUUAUAACAAGCGGUUCUCAAAUCUGAAGGUGUGGGCUCACCUGAGAUUCGAAUUCUGGACAGAUACUAACUUCUAUUUUUGUUCUAAUAUGAGUUUUUUAAUUGUUUUAUUAGCUUGGAUUAUUAAUUCAAUUUUAAAAGCACCCCCUACAUUAAUACUGGCUCCAUGCUUUAACCCUUCAUCCAUUUUUUGACUAAAAAUACACAAUAUCGGUCUGCAUAUGCUGGAAUACAAUAUGAAAUAAUCACACUGUUUUGUUAUGAUAAUUACUUUUAAUCUUCAAAUAAAUCACAUUAUUUGGCUAA